GCGCGGAGCCGCGUUUUCCAGAAGCCCGGUCCUCAGGGGCGCUUGAAAGGAGGCGAGCGCGACUUCGGUGCCGCGAGCUUCCCUCGCUGGCCGGCGCGCUGUAGGCUCUGCUUCAACCAGGGGCGCGCGGGUGCGCGCGGCCGCGUCCUCACACGGAUCCCAGCCCUGUCACCCGCACUGGGUCCCCAGACUGAGCGCGUCCGGGCCUGACCGCGCUGCGGUUCCGGCCCUGAGGUGAGGAGGGCGUCGCGGGCGGCGGCGCUUGAGGCCACCCUGGGGCAGCCGUCCCUGAGGGAGUUUAUUCAGAAAACAUGUCCACUGCAAUUAGGGAGGUGGGAGUUUGGAGACAGACCAGAACACUCCUACUGAAGAAUUACUUAAUUAAAUGCCGAACCAAAAAGAGUAGUGUUCAGGAAAUUCUUUUUCCACUAUUUUUUUUAUUUUGGUUAAUUUUAAUUAGCAUGAUGCAUCCAAAUAAGAAAUAUGAAGAAGUGCCUGAUAUAGAACUUAAUCCUAUGGACAAAUUUAUUCUUUCUAAUCUAAUUCUUGGGUAUACUCCAGUGACUAACAUUACAAGCAGCAUCAUGCAGAAAGUGUCUACUGAUCACCUUCCUGAUGCCAUAAUUACAGAAGAGUAUUCAAAUGAAAAAGAAAUGUUAACAUCCAGUCUUUCUAAGCCCAGCAACUUUGUAGGUGUGGUUUUCAAAGACUCCAUGUCCUAUGAACUUCGUUUUUUUCCCGAUAUGAUUCCCGUAUCUUCUAUUUAUAUGGAUUCAAGAGGUGGCUGUUCAAAAUCAUGUGAGGCUACUCAGUACUGGUCCUCAGGUUUCACAGUUUUACAAGCAUCCAUAGAUGCUGCCAUUAUACAGUUGAAGACCAAUGUUUCUCUUUGGAAGGAGCUGGAGUCAACUAAAGCUGUUAUUAUGGGAGAAACUGCUGCUGUAGAAAUAGAUACCUUUCCCCGAGGAGUAAUUUUAAUAUACCUAGUUAUAGCAUUUUCACCUUUUGGAUACUUUUUGGCAAUUCAUAUCGUAGCAGAAAAAGAAAAAAAAAUAAAAGAAUUUUUAAAGAUAAUGGGACUUCAUGAUACUGCCUUUUGGCUUUCCUGGGUUCUUCUGUAUACAAGUUUAAUUUUUCUUAUGUCCCUUCUUAUGGCAGUCAUUGCAACAGCUUCUUUGUUAUUUCCUCAAAGUAGCAGCAUUGUGAUAUUUCUGCUUUUUUUCCUUUAUGGAUUAUCAUCUGUAUUUUUUGCUUUAAUGCUGACACCUCUUUUUAAAAAAUCAAAACAUGUGGGAAUAGUUGAAUUUUUUGUCACUGUGGCUUUUGGAUUUAUUGGCCUUAUGAUAAUCCUCAUAGAAAGUUUUCCCAAAUCGUUAGUGUGGCUUUUCAGUCCUUUCUGUCACUGUACUUUUGUGAUUGGUAUCGCACAGGUCAUGUAUUUAGAAGAUUUUAAUGAAGGCGCUUUAUUUUCAAAUUUGACUGCAGGCCCAUAUCCUCUAAUUAUUACAAUUAUCAUGCUCAUACUUAACAGUAUAUUCUAUGUCCUCUUGGCUGUCUAUCUCGAUCAAGUCAUUCCAGGGGAAUUUGGCUUACGGAGAUCAUCUUUAUAUUUUCUGAAGCCGUCGUAUUGGUCAAAGAGUAAAAGAAAUUAUAAGGAGUUAUCAGAGGGCAAUGUUAAUGGGAAUAUUAAUUUUAGUGAAAUUAUUGAGCCUGUUUCUUCGGAAUUUGUAGGAAAAGAAGCCAUAAGAAUUAGUGGUAUUCAGAAGACAUAUAGAAAGAAAGGUGAAAAUGUGGAGGCUUUGAGAAAUUUGUCGUUUGACAUAUAUGAGGGUCAGAUUACUGCCUUACUUGGCCACAGUGGAACAGGAAAGAGUACACUGAUGAAUAUUCUUUGUGGACUAUGCCCACCUUCUGAUGGGUUUGCAUCUAUAUAUGGACACAGAGUCUCAGAAAUAGAUGAAAUGUUCGAAGCAAGAAAAAUGAUUGGCAUUUGUCCACAGUUAGAUAUACACUUUGAUGUUUUGACAGUAGAAGAAAAUUUAUCAAUUUUGGCUUCAAUCAAGGGGAUACCAGCCAACAAUAUAAUACAAGAAGUGCAGAAGGUUUUACUAGAUUUAGACAUGCAGACUAUCAAAGAUAACCAAGCUAAAAAAUUAAGUGGUGGUCAAAAGAGAAAGCUGUCAUUAGGAAUUGCUGUUCUUGGGAACCCAAAGAUACUGCUGCUAGAUGAACCAACAGCUGGAAUGGACCCCUGUUCUCGACAUAUUGUUUGGAAUCUUUUAAAAUACAGAAAAGCCCAUCGGGUGACAGUGUUCAGUACUCAUUUCAUGGAUGAAGCUGACAUUCUUGCAGAUAGGAAAGCUGUGAUAUCACAAGGAAUGCUGAAAUGUGUUGGUUCUUCAAUUUUCCUCAAAAGUAAAUGGGGGAUUGGCUACCGCCUGAGCAUGUACAUAGACAAAUUUUGUGCCACUGAAUCUCUUUCUUCACUGGUUAAACAACAUAUGCCUGGAGCUACUUUAUUACAACAGAAUGACCAACAACUUGUGUAUAGCUUGCCUCUCAAGGACAUGGACAAAUUUUCAGGUUUGUUUUCUGCCCUAGACAGUCAUUCAAAUUUGGGUAUCAUUUCUUAUGGCGUUUCCAUGACGACUUUGGAAGAUGUAUUUUUAAAGCUAGAAGUUGAAGCAGAAAUUGACCAAGCAGAUUAUAGUGUAUUUACUCAGCAGCCACUGGAGGAAGAAAUGGAUUCAAAAUCUUUUGAUGAAAUGGAACAGAGCUUACUUAUUCUUUCUGAAACCAAGGCUUCUCUAGUGAGCACCAUGAGCCUUUGGAAACAACAGAUGUAUACAAUAGCAAAGUUUCAUUUCUUUACCUUGAAACGUGAAAGUAAAUCAGUGAGAUCAGUGUUGCUUCUGCUUUUAAUUUUUUUCGCAGUUCAAAUUUUUAUGUUUUUGGUGCAUCACUCUUUUAAAAAUGCUGUGGUUCCCAUAAAACUUGUUCCAGACUUAUAUUUCCUAAAACCUGGAGACAAACCUCAUAAAUACAAAACAAGUCUGCUUCUUCAAAAUUCUACUGACUCAGAUAUCAGUGAUCUUAUUAGCUUUUUCACAAGCCAGAACAUAAUGGUGACGAUGUUUAAUGACAGUGACUAUGUAUCUGUGGCUCCUCAUAGUGCAGCUUUAAAUGUGAUGCGUUCAGAAAAGGACUAUGUUUUUGCAGCUGUUUUCAACAGUACUAUGGUUUAUUCUUUACCUAUAUUAGUGAAUAUCAUUAGUAACUACUAUCUUUAUCAUUUAAAUGUGACUGAAACCAUCCAGAUCUGGAGUACCCCAUUUUUUCAAGAAAUUACCGACAUAGUUUUUAAAAUAGAGCUGUAUUUUCAAGCAGCUUUGCUUGGAAUCAUUGUUACUGCAAUGCCACCUUACUUUGCCAUGGAAAAUGCAGAAAAUCAUAAGAUCAAAGCCUAUACUCAACUUAAACUUUCUGGUCUUUUGCCAUCUGCAUAUUGGAUUGGACAAGCUGUUGUUGAUAUCCCCUUAUUUUUUAUCAUUCUUACUUUGAUGCUAGGAAGCUUAUUGGCAUUUCAUUAUGGAUUAUAUUUUUAUACUGUAAAGUUCCUUGCUGUGGUUUUUUGCCUUAUUGGUUAUGUUCCAUCAGUUAUUAUGUUCACUUAUAUUGCUUCUUUCACCUUUAAGAAAAUUUUACAUACCAAAGAAUUUUGGUCAUUUAUCUAUUCUGUGACAGCAUUGGCUUGUAUUGCAAUCACUGAAAUAACUUUCUUUAUGGGAUACACAAUUGCAACUAUUCUUCAUUAUGCUUUUUGUAUCAUCAUUCCAAUCUAUCCACUUCUAGGUUGCCUGAUUUCUUUCAUAAAGAUUUCUUGGAAGAAUAUACGAAAAAAUGAGGACACCUAUAAUUCAUGGGAUAGGCUUUCAGUAGCUGUUAUAUCGCCUUACCUGCAGUGUGUACUGUGGAUUUUCCUCUUACAAUACUAUGAGAAAAAAUAUGGAGGCAGAUCAAUAAGAAAAGAUCCCUUUUUCAGAAACCUUUCAAAGAAGUCCAAAAAUAGAAAGUUUCCAGAACCACCAAACAAUGAGGAUGAAGAUGAAGAUGUCAAAGCUGAAAGACUAAAGGUCAAAGAGCUGAUGAGUUGCCAGUGUUGUGAGGAGAAACCAUCCAUUAUGGUCAGCAAUUUGCAUAAAGAAUAUGAUGACAAGAAAGAUUUUCUUCUUUCAAGAAAAGUAAAGAAAGUGGCAACUAAAUACGUCUCUUUCUGUGUGAAAAAAGGAGAGAUCUUAGGACUGUUGGGUCCAAAUGGUGCUGGCAAAAGUACAGUUAUUAAUAUUCUGGUUGGUGAUAUUGAACCAACUUCAGGAAAGGUAUUUUUGGGAGAUUAUUCUUCAGAGACAGGUGAAGAAGAUGAUUCAAUAAAGUGUAUGGGUUACUGUCCUCAGAUAAACCCUUUGUGGCCAGAUACUACACUGCAGGAACAUUUUGAAAUUUAUGGAGCCAUAAAAGGAAUGAGUGCAAGUGACAUGAAAGAAGUCAUAAGUCGAAUAACAAAUGCACUUGACUUAAAAGAACAUCUUCGGAAAACUGUAAAGAAACUACCUGCAGGAAUCAAACGAAAGUUGUGUUUUGCUCUAAGUAUGCUAGGGAAUCCUCAGAUUACUUUGCUAGAUGAACCAUCUACAGGUAUGGAUCCUAAAGCCAAACAGCACAUGUGGCGAGCAAUUCGAACUGCAUUUAAAAACAAAAAGCGGGCUGCUAUUCUGACCACUCAUUACAUGGAGGAGGCAGAGGCUGUCUGUGAUCGAGUAGCUAUCAUGGUGUCUGGACAGUUAAGAUGUAUUGGAACAGUGCAACAUCUAAAGAGUAAAUAUGGAAAAGGCUACUUUUUGGAAAUUAAAUUGAAGGACUGGGUAGAAAACCUAGAAGUAGACCGCCUUCAAAGAGAAAUUCAGUAUAUUUUCCCAAAUGCAAGCCGUCAGGAAAGUUUUUCUUCUAUUUUGGCUUAUAAAAUUCCUAAGGAAGAUGUUCAAUCCCUUUCACAAUCUUUUUUUAAGCUGGAAGAAGCUAAACAUGCAUUUGCCAUUGAAGAAUAUAGCUUUUCUCAAGCAACAUUAGAACAGGUUUUUGUAGAACUCACUAAAGAACAAGAGGAGGAAGAUAAUAGCUGUGGAACUUUAAACAGCACACUUUGGUGGGAACGAACACAAGAAGACAGAGUAGUAUUUUGAAUUUGAAUUGUUCAGUCUGCUUAAUGGACUUACUUCUUCUUCACUUAAUUUUAGCUUUGGUUUAAAAAGCUCACUGUUGGAAUGGUAACUGGAGGACCAUGAAAGCUCUUGAAGUUUUUCUAAGCUCCUUAAUUGAAAUGCUGUGGUUGUGUGUUUUGCUUUUCGUUAAAUAAAAUUUAUGUAAUAAUUAAGUGAACCUGCAUGUUUGUAUUGAAAUAUAUUGAACUAUAAGUUUGUAUGUCAUCUUUUCCACCUUUCAAAAACAGUGCGUUUGAAUUUAUGAUUUAACAGAGUAGUGAUAGAGUAAUUUUGAAGUUAUCUAUAAGUUUAUGUCAUCUUCUUAAAUAAGUAUGUAAUAUUCCAAUCUAAAUAAAAAACCAAUUCAUAACUAGUACAUAGAAAAGAUACAUAAAGCAAUGUGAAAGUUUCUUGCUUCUCCUUUUCAAUUGCUAAAAAAAGCACUUUGAAUGGAAGUUGUCAUCCAUAAAAGCCGAAGUGUAAGCACUAGGAAAUCUCAAUAUAGAGGCUUGAGGAAAGUGAUAUCCGCUAGGUGGCAGUCAUUGAUCAUAAUAAGUGAAAUGAGACCUUGUUCUAUUAGAUAAUUUUAGACAUAGGUAAUUAAGUGUUUGAAAUUACAUUUCUUUUAUUUAAAGUAAAAAUUCAAAAGUGUUUUAGUUAUUAUAAUUAAAGGAAGACUGUGUAUAGAAUCUUAUGUAAUAGUCUGAUUCUUUUGACUCUGGCUAGAAUGACAGAUAUCUAUAAAGGUGGAAGAAUUAAGCUAUACCUUUUCCUCCACCACUCUUGGAACAUAUAAAUUUUUUGUCAUCCUCCUUGUAUAAUUGAGUUGAGUAGUCACAAUCAUGUUAUUUUACUCAUUCAGUUACUUUGCUUUUAAUGUAUGUGAACACAUCCUCUUGUAAACAAUUUUAAAAGACUCAAUUUUUUUAGUUUUUAUAUACUCAGAAUAUAUUUUGGUUAUUAAAUUAAAUUAUGUUCCCUUUCUCACAGUAACAAAAUCUGACUCAGGAGAAAUAUAACUUAAUUCUUAGGAAAGCAAGAGUAAGUGAUCUAGAAAGCAAAGGAGAAAAAACAUCAAAUAUGUUAUUAAUUUACAGUAUACAGUUCAUGUUUCUGAACAUAUUAAUUUUAAAAUGUCUUAAAUUACUGAUCUUAAAACUUCCUUCUAUAUCAAUAUAGAUAAAUACAUAAAUAUAUAUAUUAGACGAAAGCAACAAUGCCAACCUUGUGUUUCCCAUCAAUGGUCAAAUUUUAAAAGGAGAGUAAAAGCUGAGUUUACUGAGUGACUCUGUUUACUGACUAUUAAGGCAAGAAAAAAAAACAUGAUGAGUGUACUUUACAGUUUACUUUUGUGGGCUUUUAAUUUUUUUUUCCAGUUUGUUCUCAGUAAAGACUGGAUUUUCUUUAAAAUAAUUUUUUCUUUUAAAUUAGCACAAAUUAUCUUAGGUUUGUUCUUAGUAAAGAUUGUGGGUUGUCUUUGAAAUGAUUUUUUCUUUUAAAUUGGCACAAAUUAUCUUAGGUCAACAUUUUGGUUUUAAUCAUUAAAACAUUUUUAGAGUAAUGUAAUUCAACAAAUAUUUUAGUGAUUAUGUUUACAGAAAUGAAUUCUUUAGAGACAAGGAUGACUAUCAGUUUGGGCCCUGUAAGAUCUUACAGAUCUAUAAGAUAGAUACUUAUAUAACUUAUAUAAAAAUAUAUAUAUUACUCAUGUAACUUACAUAACUAGCUAUUAUUUUUAUAUAACUAGCUGUAUAUAUGACAAAUGCUUUGCUAGUAGUAUUAACAAUGCUUUAUAGGAGCACAAUUAAUUCUACUUAGGAUAAGUGGUUUUAUUAUUGUUUAUAUUGUUGUUCCAUUGGUCACUAAAAUUUCAUUCUAAUUGUGCUCUGAGUUUUUAAAAAUACCAUACUGUAUUUUUGCGUAACAUGUAAAUGGGCAUUAAUUUUUAAGAAAUAGAAAUGUUUAUCCUUAAUGUAUUUUUAAUUUACUAACAUUGAUUUUUUUAUUUUCUUUCCUGAAAUAGCAUGUUACCUAAAAUGAAAGAAUUUAUUCUCAGAUGAAUAAUUUUUAUAUCAGCUAUUCUUAUAAGGUAAAAGUUUAAUUAUUUUUUAUUUGUAAUGUAUUAUAUGUAAGCAAUUCUCAAUGCUGCUCUUUAAGAAAAAUAAAUAUGCUUAUAUUAAUAAUAAGCUUUAAGAACUGAAAAUUUAAGACAAGUAAUUUUGUAUACUAAAGUGAUUUCUUUAUUUAAUGCUGAUAAUUGAAUAAUGAGUAGCUCAUAUUAAAAAUGAUGCAGAAACCUGGCACUAAAAUUGUUAGUAUUUUUUUUUUUUUUAAGUAUCUGAGGGUAGUUUUCAGUUGCGGAAGGAACAUUGACAAUUACUUUAUGUUUUAAUUUACAUUCACAUUUUAAACACAAACUAGGUAUGUUUAUAGAUCUUUUUGUCUUGAAUAUAUUUUGUUUGUAAAUAUAAGGCAAUCACUUUAACUUAUACAUUAUUAAAUAUAACAGGUUAAAUUAUUCUCAAAUAUUUAAUACUAAAAUAUUUAUCAUUUCCUUAGAAUUUUUGAGUAAGUUGAUUCAUACACACACUUAGGCAGUAUUUUAAAUGUAAUGAACAGAUUCUUCUGAAGUGCCUAGCAAUUCUUGCAAAUCAAAUUUACCUUUUUAAUUUAAGAAAAUAAAGUUCUCAAGAAUUUCAGGCA